AUGGACGAAGACGAGAAAGCCAAAGUCCUCUUCCUCACUAACAGUGAGCUGGGACAGUCUUCUGUUUGUCUGGCUGUCACUCAUGAAUUCCUCCUGCGUCCCGAGUAUGAUGUGCAUAUCGCCUCCUUCCCCGUGCUUGGCCCUACUGUCACGAUGGUGAAUGCACGUGCCAAAAGCCUCGCAUCCGCUCAGCAGGAAGCUACUUUCCAUCCGCUGUGCGGACUGUCGAUGCAAGACGCGUACAUGCAGAAGGUCGGUAACCGCCGUACUUUCAACAAUCAUCGUGUCGGACUGAGGGGCGCCAUGAGCGCGUACAAGUCUGUGCUGAUCAACGCUCUUGCUCCUUGGAACGGAAGCGAAUACAUGGCGGUGUACUUUCAGUGCUUUUCCGUCAUUCAGGAUAUCCAGCCAGUCGUCGUUGUGGUUGAUCCACUGUUUGCUCCGGCCAUCGAUGCGUGCCUCAAGCUGAAGAUGCCGUAUCUCGUCCUGAGUCCCAAUACUCUCAAGGACCACUGUCAGCCAAGACUCGCGAACUUCUGGAAAUUUCCCGCACUCUGCUCUGGAUACCUGUACCCUUUGCCCCUGCACCAGGUCAUUCCCAACACCAUUCUGGUUCUGGGGCUCGGACUGGCCAUCCACAAUUCAUCUGAGCUAAAGGAGUUGAAGAGAUACCGUAACGAGAACGAACUCAGCGGCAAGACCCCUGGUAUGAUCUCCCGCUCCGGUGACAAAACCCCAUUUCUUGUCCCCUCGAAGAAAGAGUACGAGUUCUCUCGCCGUGUCCCUAGCAACUUCACUCUUUGUGGCCCCAUCGUCCGUCCUUGGGACGCAUUGGAAACAGAGAAUGCGGAUCUGGCCAGGUUUGUCCGUCGCGGUCCCACUGUCCUCGCCAACUUUGGCUCUCAUGUCGUGUUCAAUAAUGCCACGGCCAGACAGUUCGCUGAAGGCAUAGCCCUGCUGCUCGAGAGGAGGCCCGAAACCCAGAUCCUCUGGAAAUUGAAGUGGAAUCCGGAGAUUAACGUUGAGGACAAGGCAUUCGAGAGCAUUCGCGGCGCUAUCGCAGAUAGACGCGUGCGUAUCACUGACUGGCUGCGUGUCGAACCCAUGUCUCUCUUGAUGAGCGGCCACAUCGAAUGCAUCAUUCAUCACGGUGGUUCCAAUUCCUUCCACGAGGCAAUCAGAGCUGGCGUUCCGCAGGUCAUCCUUCCCACUUGGUUCGACACUUACGACUUCGCUGCCCGCGUUGAGUGGCUGAAAAUUGGUCUUUGGGCCAACAGAAAGACCGCUCCAGCUAUCAAUGGAAAGCACUUGGGGCGCGCUCUGAUUCGAGUCUUGGCCAGCAAUGACAGUCCCAGAAUCUUUGCCAACGCAAAAACACUUGCCGCCCAGUUGGGUCCUCAGGAAGGACGCGUCGUCGCUUGCGAGAAAAUCAUCGAGGUUAUCAAGGCUCAGAAGAAAGGCGAAGACAAGAAGGAUCAACCUCAGAAAGACCAGGCAGGAGAGGUGAACGUGCAACAGCUGGCAGUCGGAAACGAGGAGAGAGCCCCAGAGGUGCUUACUUCAUAG